GCUACUGGUUCAGCCUUUAAAUACAGUCAUUUGACACAUCCCAUCAGGGGCUUGUAGCAGAGAGCAGCUGCUGACCCAAACCCAGGCUUGAAGUAAGCUUGCGUGUCAGCAUCACACUGUUUUGAACAGCAUGAAGGCUCUCUUAUUCACCUGUAUGCUGGUGCUAUGGCUGACGGCAGCCUCGGCCAGGAGCUAUGACCAGGACUCCCAGCUGAUUCCUGGAUCUCUACAAGGCAGAGAGCUGAAUGGAUAUUUCAGUGACUAUUUGAAAUCAAGGAGGGCUACGAGGGCCCUGCCAAUUGCUGAUGAACCCGAUGACAGUCCAAUUCCAGAUGGAGGAGACGCCUUAGAUCUCCCCACAUGCCUGCUGUGUGUGUGCCUGACUGGUUCAGUGUACUGUGAGGAAGUCAGUCCAGACAUGACCGCUGUUCCAACCUUGCCUAAAGAGACAGCCUACCUGUACGCCCGCUUUAACAAGAUUAAAAAGAUCAGCAACAAAGACUUUGCAGACAUUGUGACUCUGAAGAGGAUUGACCUGACGGGUAACCUGAUCUCAGAGAUUGAUGACGGCGCAUUCUCUAAGCUAACACUUCUAGAGGAAUUGUCUCUGGCUGAGAACAGACUGGUCAAACUUCCUAUGCUCCCUGCCAAACUAACAUCAUUCAAUGCCAACCACAACUUCCUAAAAACAAAGGGUGUCAAGGCCAACGUUUUCAAGAAAAUGACCAAGCUGAUGAACCUACUCCUUGCAGACAAUGAGUUAGAGGCUAUUCCACAUAUACCUGACAGUGUCCGCACUUUACAUUUACAGAAUAACAACAUCACUGAUGUCAAUGUUGACACCUUCUGCCGUUCAAAUAACACCUACUACCUGCGACCAAGCCUCAAUGAGGUCCGAUUGGAUGGAAAUCCUGUGGUGCUGUCCAAGUACCCUGACAGCUUUACCUGUAUGAAGAUAUUGCCUGUCGGCCGCUACCGCUGAGUAGGCUGAAAAUUUACUGUAUCUCUUUUGUUGCUGAUGGAGCAGUUUUCCCACACCAGAGGGCUGAGGAAAAGUGUGAGGUUCUUUUUUGGCACUGGUCCCAUUGUGGAUAUAACAGUGUUUUGUUUUUGUUUUUUUGCUUUCCGCAAACCUACAAACAGAUUUUUACUUUGACAGGUCAAAAUGAAACUACUCAGUGGACUGCAGGUGUUUAGCUGAAGGAGUUUUUCCACCACCACCUGAGAAUGGGGUUUGAAGGCCUCAAUAUGCUUCAAUAAGAGUCUGAGCCUAUCAGCUAUUAUCUGACACAAUCAAGCCUCUAGGGGAAACGAUCAAUAUUUUCAAGAUUCCUGCGCAGCAAGUGGGUAUCAGGAUAACAGAUAAGGGAUAACCAGGUCAAAAAACUAGAAACAUGAGAUGCAAAUUGACUUUGUCAGAUUCAUGUAUUUUUGCUCUUAUACAUUUUCACCUUUAAGAUUUUAAACAUUCUAGGAUUGCAUUUCAGCAAAAACAUAGAACUCUUUUGCCCUCUAAAUGGACCGUUUUCCUGCUUGCAACCAAAGUCAAAACUACACAGACAACAAAUGGACUACAGAAGAGAACUACAAUACUUCUGGUUCCAGAAUCUUGUCUGCCCAGAUACAGCAUCCACAUCUAGAUAAACCUUUAUAGAUAUUGUAGUAAAAUAGUUGUCUGACAAUGUCUUAAAUCAUUGUUUGUGCUUUUUAUAGCUGCACUAAAGGGCAGGAAGGAAGGUCAUGUUUCAGAUACUGUUGAUACAUUUCAUAAUCUCUUUGUUUGAAGCAUACUAAAGCCUUCACAAUAGUAACUGAAAAAAAAUGCAUAAAAGAUUUUUGCCAGUAGAUCAGAUUUAACUCCACAGUUUGGUGGAAAAGAAUCAAGAUCUCUACAAAGACAGUUCAAUUUAUUGUUUCAUUCUGACCUGACAUUUAACUACCUGGACAUACAAAACUACAUACACUGCAUUUGACAAACCAAAAUCCAAUAAGCUUGUUUAUAACUAUCUGUAGUCCUGGCUUAAGAACUAACAGGACAAUGUUUUCACUUUUUUUUAGAUGAUUUCUUAAACAGAAACAUUUUGCUUCAAUAAGAAGCUGUCUGACCAAAACAGGUGCCUUGUUAAAGUGUAGAAUCUCUCAUUUUGGAGUUUUAAACUGAAUCAACACCAAAGUAUGACCAACAGCUCGAUCUAGCUUUGCAAAGCCAAAUCCCAUUUUUCAACAUGCUCCAUGUUGGCUGCCAGGAAUUAAAUAUUGAAAGAUGUCGUUGCAAGAUUACACGACUUGGGUUAUUGAUAAAGUUGCAUGCUGCAUUUUAGAAUUUCAAGGCUCAGCCAUUUAAAAAAAGCUUGAAAUACUGACCUUGAGGCUAAAAUAUGGGAAAAAAAAAUGUUUGGCAAAAUAACUCGUCUUAUAUACUGUCACUACAAACUUAAAAAGAAACAUUUUUAGAUAUGACUUGUUAAACCACAUUUAAUCCAAGUAUUCCUACAAUCCUGUUGAUUGUAGGAAAGAUAGUGUACUUAAUAAUGUAAGAACUAUAGUAUCUUUCAAACAAGAACUAAGUUUAGCAAUACAAAAGGAAUGAUCGAUACCAGACAGUUUGUACAUUUCAAAUGAUUAUUUUCUCAAACUGAACUUUAUCACAUAACAGGUAUGAAAACAUUUUAAAGUGACCCUUACAAGAAAAUAUCUGUUGAGCAAUAUUCUAGUUUGCAAAUGUUGUUUUAUGCCUAGAGAUCCAAUGCCUGUCAAAAAUGUCCAAUCUGACUCUGAGAUUUUCUAGUAAUGCCAGUAGGAAAAGUCUGUACAACUUUUAUAAUUGACUGUUCUCUCAGAAAAUGACUUGACAUGAACACAUUACUGUGGGUUUUGCCAUUGUGUGAAUUAUUUUUUAUCUCAUUAUUCCAUUUAAAAAUGCAUUUUAACAUAAUGGCUAUGACUAUCUAGACUUGUAAAAUGAAGGCUUUCUUCAGCAUUGACUUGAGAGUCAAUGCUUUUUUAUUUAUACUGUCUAGUUGAAGUUAACUGGGGGGCAAUGUAUCUACGAACUAUAGUAAUGUGAAAGUUACUCCUCUUUAUUUUGUCUGCCUUUAAUAUUUCUUGCCUGUGUCCCUUACUCUUCCCUUCCAGUAUUAAGAACUACUUUAAAAAUGAUUACUGAUGUGAAAAAGGCAGUGGUGUACAGGAAGAUGUGUAAGUGACAUGGCUAUUUUUAUUUUAGAUAUUUAAAUAAAGUGAACUUUUUUAAUUAAAA